UUCGUGAUUUCAUCUUCCCCAACAUGUCAAUUACCUCGCAAUAUCAAUUUUUUACCUUCAACUUUCAUCAACGUUAACGUCGUCGAAACUCUGAAUUAUUACGUGGAAAUGGAAUGAUUCGGCUUCAGAAGAAAAAGGGCUCGCUUGAGUUGGAUAAAGUAUCCAAAUCAAACCGAUCCAAAUAAGCGGGCUGAUCACUAUUCCGAGCUGCAGGUGCUGGAUGACACACCAACUGGAAAGCGCUGCUGCACCUACAACAAGAAAUUCAAUAGCUUCAACGAUACUCUCUCCCAUGUUCGACGCCGGUUACGGGAUAUUUCUGAUCUGGGGGUCAAUUUUCCCGAAAUGAAGCAAAAGUGGAAGAUGGAAUUUAGGAAUUUGUGUCUAAAGGCGAUGCCAAUGUGAUUGUGCUCGCAAUACAAAAUUUUGAGGUGGAAAUAUUUCAUGGAAUCAUCCGCUGUGUGUAGAAAUGGGAAGAAAGCAAUCACUUCGGAGCAAAGCGGCUCACUUUGUAUCGGAUCUCACCACUGGUAUACUCAAUCCCAUCUCUGACAAACCCUCUAAACCCCCUCCUCCUCCUCCUGAAGAUGUGGACAUAUCAAAUGUAACUGUUUUGGAGUCAACUUAUCGAGGUGGCAGCCAGAAUUUAUUUGAUGGCCCUGAUACUUCAUCCUUUUCUGCAUUCCUCUAUUCGUUCUUGUCUUCCUCAGAUUCUGGAGAUAAUGCAAACUCAGAUGGGCAGAAUGACAAUAAAAGUGGAACUGAUAUCCCUCCAUCCGACUCAGCCAUGAAGGAAAAUAGUGGAAAGAAAAGUUUGUUAUCUAGGGGUAAGCAAUCACUUCGUGGAGCUAUCAACCAAGCUGCAAGAAUCACUAGAUUCCGCACUCAAGAGCACACGGAUGAUGUUGAGAUGAAAUUAGAUGGUAGACAUGGUUCUCAGUUAUCUGGCGUUGAGAUGAGGCUUGUUGAACCAAAGAAAGAGCACGUACCAUCGGAUGAUCUCCCGGAAAUUUCUGAACCCUCAGUGCUCCUUUCAGAGAAAACAAGAAAUGUUCUUUAUGCUUCUCUUCCAGCUCUUAUUCAUGGGAGGAAAUGGAUGCUGCUAUAUAGUACAUGGAGGCAUGGCAUAUCUCUUUCAACUCUUUACAGGAGAAGCAUGCUUUGGCCUGGCUUGAGUUUGCUGGUUGUUGGAGAUCGCAAAGGUGCAGUUUUUGGUGGCUUGGUUGAAGCACCACUAGAGCCAUCAAACAAGAGAAAAUAUCAGGGAACAAACAAUACAUUUGUCUUCUCAGACACCCCUGGCCAUCCUACUGUAUAUCGUCCAACAGGGGUAAACCGCUAUUUCACGCUCUGCACCACUGACUUUCUAGCGAUUGGUGGGGGAGGUCAUUUUGCGCUUUAUUUGGAUGGUGAUCUAUUGAAUGGGUCUAGUUCAGUCUCAGAAACUUAUGGAAAUCCUUGCCUUGCACGUUCUCAGGACUUUGAAGUUAAGGAAGCAGAGCUUUGGGGCUUUGUAUAUGCUUCUAAGUAUGAAGAAGUGUUAGCAUUGACCAGAACAGAGACAGCUGGGAUCUGUCGAUGGUAAUUCUGGAUAUUUGAUUUGGUGUGAGAUUUAAUUCCUUUUGCACUUGCAGCUUGGAUUCUCUUUGGAGGUCACGCAGUGUCAGAAUCAUAAUCUAUAAGCUUGCAAGGGAUGUUAAAGUUGGCGGACCAUAUGACCAAUGACCAACCUUUCGCAUCCAAUGUUAGAUGUGUAAAUAUUUACCCAAGCUGUAAAUAUUAAUAUCAAUAUUAACAUCAUUAAUUUUCAAUAGUGAGUAUAAAGGCUAUAAAUCAUACUUUUUUUUUAAUUUU